AUGUAUAAACAACCAAGUCAUACAUAUUCGUCAACAGAUUCCUUGCGAAGACUUUCAUCAAAUAAUCCAUUCAGGUCACAAGUUGAGUUAGAUUAUCAACAACCAUUAGUACAAGAACCAAACAAUAGUCCACCAAGACCAAUGUAUAGUCCUUCAAGAUUAUCAAAUGUUUCUCAAUCAGCAAGUUUUGAUUCUUGGGUACGGAAGAAUAAACAAUUAGUAGAUGUUUCGAGUGAUGAAGAAGAUGAUGGAAGCGAAUAUAGAAGUCAAAAUAAUGGAUAUAAAACUGUUUCUCAUGCAAUAACAGGUCCACCGCAAUUCCCGCCGCGGGCAACAAGGGCAGAUAGCGAUACAAGUAUUCAAUAUUCUGCAAGUGUAACAAUGCAAUCUAAUAAUCCAUUUGCUUCCAAAAUAAGUGAUCAGAAUGGCAAUAAGCCAAUUCGCGAACCUCCAGUCGCACCAAGAAGAAAUAGCUCUAGCAAGACGCCUCCCUCACGUCCACCAAAACCACCUCAGAGCGUGGCACCACCACCAACAUAUGAAGAAGCUUCAGGUGUAGAAGCAGCUAGACGAGAAUAUAGGAGAGAAAAAACUUCAACUAACAACAACAAUAACUUCGAAAGUCCAUCCAAACCACAUCGUUCACAGUCUGAUAGAAGUCAUCAUCGUUCACAUCAUCAUUCAAGAAAGGACUCACGUAAUACCCCAUCCCGUACUCAUCAAUCAUCCACUUCAAAGGGGAAAUCACCAUCUAAAAAGAAACAACCAGAACCUGUAAAGGCUAAAAACUUGGAUACUAUUGAUAAAUUGGAUGUUACUGCCUUUUUCGGAGGUGGUUUCCAUCAUGAUGGUCCAUUUGAUGCCUGUACUCCCCAUAGAAAUAAGAAUGUCAAAGCUCCUCCCGUGAUGGCUUUCCCAAUUGAUGGCCCCAAUAAUUCUAUUAAAGGAAUGGGUGGAAAUAUCGAUAAGAAUGAACAAAUGAAUUUAGCAUUUGGGACAUAUAAUGUAGAUGAUCAAAAUGAAAUAGUGGGUAGAAAAGUUUCUAUUCAUGAAGCCGCCCGUCGUGGAAGUGAUUCUGGUAUUUUAAAAACAAAUCGAGUUUCAAAUGAUCCUUCAAGUACUUUAUAUACACCAAAACAAAACCCAUCAGUAAUUAAUUUUGAUUCAAAUCUUAAAGCACAACCAGUAUAUGGAUCAACUAGUGCAGGACUAGGUUCUACUACUUUUGUAGAUGGUGCGCCUGCUCCUAAAAAAGCAGUCCAAGAAUCUGAAUAUUUAAAUGCCGCCAAUUCAUUAGGGAGGAAGAAAUCUUUGGCACAAAGAUUAAGAAAGAAUAGUUCUUCGGAAACUAAUACAAGAAGAAACUCUGGUGAUAAAGAGCCCCUAACUGGAAUAUAUGCCUCUCAUUCAGAAGGUGGAAUAAAGGGACCUUUGAAUGACGGUGGUAUUGAGAAAGGAGAUUUGUUGAAACCGCCCUCGGCUGGAUCAUCAUUUAUUAGAAGAGUAAAGAGUUUAAAAGUCAAGAAAUAA